AUGCCGUUGGGGAGUAUUUCUGCGGCGAGCAGUAGUGCCGGUGGUGGUUCAUCUACGACGAGUACGACGGCCUCGGCUUCGGCCUCUGGUGCUGGGGCUGGGAGGGGGAGCACGCCUGGUACUACUACUGGUGCCGUUACGGCGAAUACCGGCGCGACUGUUGUUUCGAGGCGGUCGCAUCCCAAGUCGAGGACAGGGUGCAGGACGUGUAAGAAUCGGAAGAUUAAGUGCGACGAACACAAACCCUCAUGCAGGAAUUGCAUCAAACACGCCGUCCCCUGCGACUUUCUCCAGUCCCAACGGCACUCCUCCGCCUCAUCACUCCCGCGCUCGCCAGGCAGUAUACCGACCCCGGGACUCAUCAACGGCGGCGGCAUCGGCGGUCUCGGCCUCGGCAACGGAGGCGGAGGCGGUGGCAUCGACGACCUCUCCCUCAACCUAAUCGACCUGGAACUCAUGCACAACUUUACCACCUUCGCCUUCAACACGCUCUCGACGGACCCCGUGGUGCGGCAGAUGUGGAAGGUGCCCGUCGUCCGGCUGGCGCUCGAGUGCGACUACGUCAUGAGGGCGCUGCUGAGCGUGUCGGCGCUGCACCUCGCGCACAACAGGCCCGAGAGGCGGGAUUUCUUUAUUAGUCGGGCCUUGACGUAUCACCAGAUGGCGAGCCGGACGGCCAUGGGGUUGAUGGGUGCUCUGGACGGGGAGAAUUGUGAAAAGUUGUAUCUGUUUUCGGUGUUGACUAUCUUUUUUGCCCUCGCCUGCCCACGCAAAUCCUCAGACUCCCUCAUCAUGGGCGAGUCCUCCUUCCCAGACUGGCUCUUCCUCCUCCGCGGCACCCGCUCCCUCCUCAAAGAACUUGACCCGCACACCUACGCCGGUCCCCUCACACCAAUGUUCAACCACGGCCGCGAGCGCUACAUGCACAUGCGCGACGAGUCCAAGAUCCAAUCCGACCUCCUUGCAGACCUCCAACGCCUCGUCAACAAGACCUGCGCCGACGCCGCCUUGUUGCCAGUCUACAACCGCGCCAUUGACGAGCUACGGCGGACGCUGAGCGUGUUCUUGUGGGAUGGCGGGCGGGGGAUGGAUAUCACGGACGCGUUUGUGUGGAAGUACCUGAUGGCGGAGGACUUUUUGCCGCUGCUGAAGAGUCCUGGGCAUACGCAGGAGGCUGUUGCGAUUUUUUCGCAUUUUUGUAUCUUGUUGAAGAGGUUGGAGAAUGAGUGGUGGCUGCAGGGGUGGGCUACGCAUUUGAUUUCGAGGGCGUGGGCUGUGCUUGAUCAGGAUCAUCGGCUUUGGAUUCAGUGGCCUAUUGAGGAGCUUGGGUGGGUGCCGCCUUGA